AACAUCAUGUCUUUGCCAGACAAUCCAGGCAAUACCAGAGCUUUUAAGCUGCAGAUCCUCCCCGAAGACCUAUCCCCCGCCCGCAAGCAGGCCCAGCGCGACUUUAUCGCCGUCUCUCGCCGUCUACCUGUCGAUCCGCUCGGGGUACACUGCCUUGGCCGGGACGGCGUGAUGCGCUCCGUGACGGCCAACCGCCAAGUGCUAGGCGCUGUGCCGCUGGAACCUCGCCUCAUAAAGGCAUUUCUGGACAUACUGGACUAUGACGAAAAGCUGGAAGCCGAGUUCCGUGGCGUCGAUGGCACCAAAGCACCAAAGGAGCACUGGUUUGAACCGCCACCAGGGAUUCUCCCCCCGCCACUCUCGAAAGAGCAGCUAGAUGAGGCUAGGAAGUUUAUGGAGGAGAGGGGAAUGAGCUUUGACAUUGUUCCUGGGGUUGAGGCAGGGAUGGAAGCUACAGGGGAUGAAUCCAUGUGUCCUGUAGUUGUGAGGUCGGAUCAUGACAUUUUGCCAAAAAACGAGAAAGCAACAGAUAGCCCCUCGAGCAUUGUAUAG